UCUGUCAGAGGCCCUCAGCCAGGAGGAGAGGCCUGUGGCUCUGCGUGAGGGGGACAAAGUCAGAGGGAGAGGAGAAGAGGGAAGAGCGGGUGGCAGAGGAGUGUGCACAGGAUCAGCAGGUCUGGGACCCAGGGGCCUUCGCAACGGGGAGAUUUAAAGUGCCACAGAGUUUGGGAUUAUACCUUGAGAAGACACAUUUUUACAGGACUGGGAGCUUGUCUCAGGUGAAGGCGUCAAGAUGGCGUCCAAUGCAGAUGCCAAGCCGGUUAUCAUGAAUGAAGAGGAGCUGAAGAGGAAGCAGAGGGAGAAGCUGAAGAAGCUGCAGGCCACAGGGGGAAACCCUCGACCUGCCAGAUCCCUCUUCCUCCUCACCCUCAAAAAUCCUUUCCGGAAGGCUUGCAUCAGCAUUGUGGAGUGGAAAACCUUUGAGAUCAUCAUCCUACUGACCAUCUUUGCAAACUGUGUUGCCUUGGCUGUGUUCCUGCCCAUGCCUGAAGAAGACAGUAAUAACACCAACACAAGCUUGGAGAGUUUGGAGUAUAUCUUCCUGAUCAUAUUCACGUUAGAGUGCUUUCUGAAGAUAGUGGCGUAUGGGUUCGUGUUCCAUGAAGGCGCCUAUUUACGGAACUGUUGGAACAUAUUAGACUUUGUCAUCGUCUUCAUGGGUCUCUUCACCUUUGCCUUGGAUACCAUCAAUAAGAUAGCAGGUGUACCGAUGGAGAAGGGUGGGGGGUUUGACAUGAAGGCACUGAGAGCCUUCAGAGUGCUGCGGCCCUUACGUCUCGUCUCUGGAGUCCCCAGCCUGCAGGUGGUGAUGAACUCCAUCCUCAAAGCCAUGCUGCCUCUGCUGCACAUCGCCCUGCUAGUCUUUCUACUCGUCACCAUCUAUGCCAUCAUGGGGCUGGAGCUCUUCAAGUGCAAAAUGCAUAAAACCUGCUAUUAUACUGCCACAAAUAUCUAUGCUACAGCAGAAAAUGAGCACCCUGCACCCUGUGCUCAGGCUGGUAAUGGACGCCGCUGCAUGAUCAAUGGCUCUGAGUGCCGGCCAGGCUGGGUGGGUCCCAACAAUGGCAUCACCCACUUUGACAACAUUGGCUUUGCCAUGCUUACAGUCUACCAGUGCAUCACCAUGGAGGGAUGGACCAAAGUGCUCUACUGGGUUAACGAUGCCAUAGGAAACGAAUGGCCCUGGCUCUACUUUGUUCCCCUCAUUCUAAUUGGCUCCUUCUUUGUGCUCAAUCUGGUUCUGGGCGUGCUCAGUGGAGAGUUCACCAAAGAGCGAGAGAAGGCCAGGUCACGUGGAGAGUUCCAGAAGUUGCGAGAGCGUCAGCAGCUGGAUGAAGACCUGCAUGGCUACAUGGAGUGGAUCACUCACGCUGAAGUCCUGGAUGCCGACCAAGAGGGCAAAGGACUCCUGCCUUUAACCAGUGGAGACUCUGACACAGACAGCCUGUAUGACCUGGAAGGCAAGAGUCGAAUCGUGUACUACUACCGCCUGGGCCGUCGCUGGAACCGUUUCUUCAGGAUGAAGUGCCUGGUGUAUGUGAAAACUAGGGCCUUUUACUGGCUAGUCAUGUUCCUUGUCUUCCUCAACACCCUGACCAUAGCAACAGAGUACCACCACCAGCCUGAGUGGCUCACUUCUCUACAAGAUGUGGCCAGUCGUGUUCUGCUGGUGCUGUUUGUUAUAGAGAUGUUUGUGAAGAUGUAUGCUCUGGGUCCACGAGCAUAUUUCAUGUCUCUGUUUAACCGUUUUGACUUCUUCGUGGUGCUGUGUGGUAUCCUGGAGAUGAUCAUGUUCUCUGCAGGGGCUGUGGCUCCCCUGGGUUUUUCAGUCCUCAGGUGUAUCCGACUGCUGAGGAUCCUUAAAGUUACAAAGUACUGGACCUCUCUGAGUAAUCUCGUGGCCUCUCUCCUCAACUCUGUACGCUCCAUCGCUUCCCUGCUCCUUCUUCUCUUCCUCUUCAUCGUCAUUUUCUCACUCCUGGGCAUGCAGGUGUUUGGGGGGAAAUUCAACUUUGAUGACCACAAACCCAGACGCAGUAACUUUGAUAACUUCCCUCAGGCCCUCAUCAGUGUGUUUCAGAUCCUAACAGGAGAGGAAUGGACCACCAUAAUGUACGAUGGCAUCAUGGCACAUGGAGGGCCUGACUUUCCUGGCAUCCUGGUCGCCAUCUACUUCAUCAUCCUGUUUGUCUGUGGAAACUAUAUCCUUCUAAACGUCUUUUUGGCCAUUGCUGUUGACAACCUGGCAGAGGCUGAAAGUCUGACUUCGGCUCAGAAAGAAAAGGCGGAGGAGAAGUUAAGGAGAAAGCUUUUAAGGUCCAAGAUGCCUGAAAAGACUGAUGAGGAGAGGGAGAGGAUGGCCAAGAAACUGGCAGAGCAGAGAGCCAAGAUGGAGGGCAUGCCCACCACAGCCAAGCUCAAAAUUGAUGAGUUUGAGUCCAAUGUCAAUGAAGUGAAAGAUCCAUUCCCACCUGCUGACUUCCCGGGUGAUGACGAGGAGGUUGAGCCCGAAAUCCCCAUUAGCCCUCGGCCCCGACCGAUGGCUGACCUGCAGCUGAAAGAAGAGGCCGUUCCGUUGCCUGUAGCCAGCUCCUUUUUCAUUUUUGGCCCUCAGAACAAGUUCCGUAAACUGUGCUACAAGAUCGUCAACGCCUCUUCCUUCACCAACUUGAUCCUUUUGUUCAUCCUGCUCUCCUCCAUCUCCCUGGCAGCUGAGGACCCCAUUGAUCCCAAGUCCUACAGAAACCAGAUUUUGGCUUAUGCUGACAUUGUCUUCACAUCAGUGUUCACCAUUGAGAUCGUACUAAAGAUGACAGUUUAUGGAGCGUUCAUGCACGAGGGGUCCUUCUGCCGUAACUCCUUCAACAUCCUGGAUCUGAUUGUGGUCGGUGUCUCUCUGCUUUCUAUGGGGAUGGAAUCCAGCGCUAUCUCUGUGGUGAAGAUUCUCAGGGUGUUGAGGGUGCUGAGGCCUCUCAGGGCCAUCAAUAGAGCCAAGGGGUUAAAGCAUGUGGUCCAAUGUGUGUUUGUGGCCAUCAAAACCAUCGGCAACAUCGUCCUGGUCACCAUGCUGCUGAAUUUCAUGUUUGCCUGUAUAGGAGUGCAGCUCUUCAAGGGUAAAUUCUACAGCUGCACAGACGGGUCAAAAAUGACAGAGGAGGAAUGCCAUGGAUUCUUCGUGAAGCACAUAGAGAAUUCCCUCCAAGACGAAGUGUUGGCUAAGAGAGAAUGGCUCAACAGUGACUUCAACUUUGACAAUGUGCUCUAUGGCAUGCUGGCUCUCUUCACUGUCUCCACAUUUGAGGGCUGGCCAAAGCUGUUAUACAGAGCCAUCGAUUCAGACCAAGAAGACAUGGGCCCCGUCUUCAAUAACCGCGUGGAUGUGUCCAUCUUCUUCAUCAUCUACAUCAUCCUCAUUGCCUUCUUCAUGAUGAACAUCUUUGUGGGCUUUGUCAUUGUCACUUUCCAGGAGCAGGGUGAGGAGGAGUAUAAGGACUGUGAGCUGGACAAGAACCAGCGCCAGUGUGUGCAGUACGCCCUGAAGGCCCGACCUCUGAGGUGCUACAUCCCCAAAAACCCCUACCAGUACAGAGUGUGGUACAUUGUCACCUCCUGCUACUUUGAAUACCUCAUGUUCUUCCUGAUUAUGCUCAACACCUUGUGUCUGGGGAUGCAGCACUGUAACCAGUCGGACCAUGUGACCAAACUAUCAGACACUCUGAACUUGAUCUUCACCGUGCUCUUCACUGUGGAGAUGAUUCUCAAGCUGAUGGCCUUCAAAGCGAGGGUAACGACUUCACACUUUGGUUCAAAUGGUUAUCCACCCAAUCCAAUGUCCCACUGUAACAAAAUGCUGUUUGAUGUCAUCCUGAGUGAAGUUGAUACUGCCCUGGCCGCCAGUGGAGGACUGUACUGUCUCCAUGGCUGUGCUGAGACAAAUCCUAUGCAAGCGAUUGCGGCUUCUGAAAAUGCCUCCGUUUCCAUCACGUUCUUCCGACUCUUCCGUGUCAUGCGUCUAGUCAAGCUGCUGAACCGUUCGGAGGGCAUCCGUAACCUGCUGUGGACCUUCAUCAAGUCCUUCCAGGCUCUCCCUCAUGUAGCUUUGCUCAUCGUGAUGCUUUUCUUUAUCUACGCUGUCAUCGGGAUGCAGAUCUUUGGAAAGGUAGCCCUAGUGGAUGGGUCUCAAAUCAACCGCAACAACAACUUCCAGACAUUCCCUCAGGCUGUUCUGAUGUUAUUCCGGUGUGCUACUGGAGAGGCUUGGCAGGAAGUCAUGAUGGCUUCCAUGUAUGGAAAGAAGUGCGACCCCAAGUCUGACUUCCUGCCAGGAGAGGAGUACACCUGCGGGUCCAACUUCGCCGUCUUUUACUUCCUCAGCUUCUACUGUCUCUGUGCCUUCCUGAUCCUCAACCUGUUCGUAGCUGUCAUCAUGGACAACUUUGACUACUUGACCCGUGAUUGGUCUCUUCUUGGUCCACACCAUCUGGAUGAGUUUAAGAAGAUCUGGGCUGAAUAUGACCCUGAAGCUACGGGGAGAAUUAAACAUCUGGACGUGGUGACGCUGCUGCGACGCAUCCAGCCCCCACUGGGCUUUGGCAAGUUCUGUCCUCAUCGAGCUGCAUGCAAGCGUUUGGUUGGCAUGAACAUGCCUCUGAACAGUGAUGGCACCGUCACCUUCAAUGCCACCCUGUUUGCUCUGGUCAGAACUGCACUCAAGAUCAAAACAGAAGGUAACUUUGAGCAGGCCAAUGAGGAGCUGAGAGCCAUUAUAAAGUCAAUCUGGAAACGCACCAGUAUGAAACUAUUGGACCAGGUCAUCCCCCCAAUAGGAGAUGAUGAGGUGACCGUGGGGAAGUUCUACUCCACCUUCCUGCUACAGGACCAUUUCCGUAAGUUCCUGAAGCGUCAGGAGGAGUACUAUGGCUACCGGCCCUCAAAGAAGAGCGCCUCAGGCCCAGAGAUCCAGGCGGGCCUGAGGAGUAUAGAUGAAGAGGUGGCUCCAGAGAUGCAUAGGGCCAUUUCAGGAGACCUGCAGAAUGAGGAAGAGAUGGACAGAGCUAUGGAGGAGGCUGGGGAAGAGGCGCCCCACCAGCGUAUGCACGGUCUGUUUGGUAACCGGGGGGAAGCUUACUCUGCUGAGCCCGUCGACGCUCAGCCCCAGCAGAUGACCAACCAGCGGCCACUUAAGUUCUCAGAGAGCCAGCCUGAGUCUCCACCAGACUCUGGUGCCUUGGAGCCCACUACUGAAUUUUUCCCCACAAGUGCACCAAAAAGCAACACUAACAACAACGCCUUUGCAGAAUUUUCAUUUGAAAGAGAAGGUACACCCGAAGAGUUUUACAACCCCAGUGAGGAUGCUGAGCCAGACAACAUGCGCUCCUGGAACUUCACAGUGAGAACAGACAGAACACAGUUCCCUUAUGAACCUGACUAUGACCGUACCGCAGCUGAUCAGCUUGUCCACGAGGCUCUCGUGCAGGGCGGUCUGGGCACUCUGGCCGAAGACCCCCGCUUUGUCUCUGUGGCUAAGCAAGAGAUGGCUGAUGCCAUGCGCACAACUGUGGAUGACAUGGAAAGUGUAGCUCAGGGCAUCCUCAGCGAACGCGCCGCCAGCGCCACUUCUGUCAAAAAGAGACGCCCCAUCCCCGUCCCUCCUUCUCCUCCUGCCCCUGCCGCGGCAGCACGGGAAACAGACCAGCCAGAUCCGGCAGUGAGGAGAAAGAGACGCCCAAUCCCCUCAGUUCCCUCCGUACGGAAGCCAGCUGAGGCCGGCUCCAAUGUUUAGAGGAUGUCACUUGAGUUUACGUGGUUAUCUUGUGAUUUUUUACACUUGCAGGUGGCUCCACCUCACCUCACUUUACUGAGCUUGUUGCUCCUGUGACACUCUGAAUCUAGUAGCCUGGCUCAAGGCCUAAAGGCAGGUUGGCUCAGGUUUAACAUGUUGUCAAGUGUGGUUGAAUCUUAACCAAAAAGAAACAAUAUAAUCUGAUGAUGAAACAUCUUAAUUUUCAGAUUUAUUGAAGGUAAUAAAAAUACUAACUCAUCUCAGAGCGAACAGAUUGACGCACUUCUUUCUUUGUUGCGUUUGUGGACGUUAUCCAUUCCAAAUGACUUAUGAGACAAACAUGUGAGUGAGCUGAGUGUCUUACCGAAGCCUCACUGAGGGAGGUAGGAUGGUGGUGACUGACGACUAAAAUAACUUACUGGAUACAGGGAGCAUGCAGCCGAAUUUAGUGUGCUGCAGGAGGAAAGUGGGAAAAGACUUUGAAGAAACGAAGACGUGAGUUUCUGUUCAUCCAGACCCAGCUAAGUUCAACUGAGUAUUCAGUUCAUGUCUUUUUUUUUUAAAGGGCUCUGGUGUAACUAUUACAAUGCAAGUUUGAGCAUUUUUUCUUUGUUGAUAAAUCAGCGUCCUCGGAUCAGUUGGUACUUGCUGUAUUUCAACCUUUUAUUACUGAGUUUUCUCCUGCUCACCACUGCUCUUGUGUGCAGUUGGUGUCCGCAGAUUUUACAGAGGAAACUUUUUUUUUUUUUGGACACAGAGAUACAUUUAAUCUCUUAUUUGUCCAAAAGUUUUAGCUGUAUUGAAGUAUUUGUCGAUAUACAGCCAUGCUGUAGUCAGGGAGUAUGUUUUUUUUUCCAAGUCACUCUACUGCUACAGAUAUUCAGUGUUUUUCAUUUACAUAAAUAUGUGAAACCUUUGAGUUGAGGACAUGAAGUUUGACCCAUACAGAUAAUGUAUCUUCAGCAUACCUGGAGUAUGGUGGAUUUAGCUUUACAGCUCACUGGGGCUCACUGUACAACUAGUUUUAUUAAUAAUUGCAUGGGCAUAAUUUACUGCACUUGUUUCAUGUUUUGUGCCUCAAUGCAAACAGUGACAGGCCAGAUGGAGGAAUUUUUUUUUUUUUUUUUACAUUAUCUUCUGAUCAGCCUGUGUUUUGCUGUCAUACGUUCACUGUGUUGCACGGUUUUGGAGAUAGUCUGAGUGAGCUUCAUAGCUCAACCUCGAGUCUCCUUCACUUCUGGAUCUAUGCCAUUACAGUUGAUGUUACGUUGGUGUUUUCGCCGUGGCAAAAGAAAUAAAUCAUCCAAACAUUCA